GAGUGAUCGCCCUCCGAUCUUCACACGUACAGUCUUUCUCUUCAUAGAGGACGGUCUGCAGUGAGGCUGAGAGCUGCCUUCAAUCUCCAGCGUGGACUCCGUGUUCAGGUUUUUGCUCAAGCGUGUGACAGAAAAUCCUCAACAGGAUGUCUUCUUUAAAAGAGAUAUGCAACGGUUUACCCCUGGACCCUUUGCCAGCUAAUCGUGGUAGAGACACCAAUGUGCCACAUGCACCUACACGGACCCCCAACCUUACAGCAGAGGAGGAGCGGUUGGCGUUGAGAAAUGCAUUGCGUUAUUUUCCUCCGUCCCACCAUGCAACACUUGCACCCGAGUUUGCUCAAGAGCUGCGGCAGUACGGGCACAUCUACAUGUACCGCUUCUGCCCCACGUUACGCAUGAGAGCUUACCCCAUAGAUCAGUACCCAUGCCGCACACGUCAAGCUGCCUCCAUAAUGCUAAUGAUCAUGAACAACCUGGACCCAGCAGUUGCUCAGUUCCCCCAGGAGCUCGUCACCUACGGAGGGAAUGGACAGGUGUUUAGUAACUGGGCCCAGUUUCGCCUGGUGAUGCAUUACCUGAGCGAGAUGACCGAGGAACAAACUCUGGUGAUGUACAGCGGUCAUCCCAUGGGCCUGUUCCCCAGCCUGCCUUCAUCACCUCGUGCCAUCAUCACCAACGGCAUGGUUAUUCCAAAUUACUCCUCCAGAAAUCAAUAUGAAAAGAUGUUUGCCCUCGGUGUGUCGAUGUACGGUCAAAUGACAGCAGGCAGCUACUGCUACAUCGGACCUCAAGGGAUCGUUCAUGGCACUAUGCUGACUGUGCUGAACGCCGGCCGGAGGUACCUGGGCUCUGAUGACUUGAGCGGCCGCGUCUUUGUGACCUCUGGCCUCGGGGGUAUGAGUGGAGCUCAGGCGAAAGCUGCCGUCAUCGCAGGUUGCAUUGGCGUGAUUGCAGAGGUGGAUGAGGCUCCUCUUAGAAAGAGACACGAGCAGGGCUGGCUGAUGGAGGUCACCAGCAGCAUGGACCACUGCAUUAAACGCAUCAGAGAGGCCAAGAGCUCCAAGACUCCCCUCAGUAUGGGUUUCCAUGGCAACAUUGUAGACUUGUGGGAGAGGCUGCUGUUGGAGUAUGAGAGGACCGGGGAGCUCCUGGUGGAUCUGGGUUCAGACCAGACCUCCCUUCACAACCCGUUUAACGGAGGCUACUACCCAGUCCAGCUCAGCUUCCGCCAGGCGAACCAGCUCAUGACAACUGAUUCUAACCGUUUCCAAACCAUAGUCCAAGAAAGCCUCCGAAGACACAUCAAGGCCAUCAACAAGCUGUCUGAUGCUGGUAUGUUCUUCUGGGACUACGGCAAUGCAUUUCUCCUGGAGGCCCAGAGAGCUGGAGCGGAGGUAGAAAAGGUCGGCGGAGGAGCAACAGAAUUCCGUUACCCUUCGUAUGUCCAGCACAUUAUGGGGGACAUUUUCUCUUUGGGCUUUGGCCCAUUUCGCUGGGUGUGCACAUCUGGCGACCCCCAAGAUCUUGCUGUAACGGACGAUAUCGCCGCUACUGUCCUGGAGGAGAUCAGCGCCAACGUGACUGAUCGCAUCAAACAGCAGUACAAUGACAACAUCCGCUGGAUCAGAGAGGCUGGAAAACACAAAAUGGUUGUGGGAUCCCAAGCCAGAAUCCUCUACUCUGACCAGAGAGGAAGAGUCUGCAUUGCUCUGGCUAUCAACCAGGCCAUCGCUGAUGGAAGAGUUUCAGCUCCUGUGGUUAUUAGCAGAGAUCAUCAUGAUGUCAGUGGCACAGACAGCCCCUUCAGAGAAACCUCUAAUGUGUAUGAUGGAUCUGCCUUCUGUGCAGACAUGGCGGUCCAGAACUUUGUCGGUGAUGCAUUCAGGGGCGCCACAUGGGUAGCCCUGCACAACGGUGGUGGCGUUGGCUGGGGCGAGGUGAUGAACGGAGGGUUUGGUUUGCUAUUGGACGGCUCGGAGGAGGCAGCGAAGCGUGCCAGACUGGUGCUCAACUGGGACGUCUCCAACGGGGUGGCUCGUCGCUGCUGGUCUGGAAACUCAAACGCCUAUGAGACCAUCCAGCACACCAUGGAGGAGAACAGCCAGUUGCGUGUCACCAUGCCGUUUCCUGUACAGGAUGAACGCGUGCUGGACCGGGCCCUGCAGGGCUAGCCAACAUUGUAGCACAGGUUUAACAGCCAGCUACAUGCAGUCACUUAGUAAAGCUGUAAUCCCUCCAGAAGUGUCUGAGUCAGGCCUCAUGCAGCUGUUUAAAUGAGCACUGCAGACGGUCAGUACUAGUUCAUGAAUCAGUGACAAUGUUGUUACAUAAAUUGUUUGCCAUGAAUGCAAAGUAGGCUACAAUAUUGUGCUAUAGGCUGUUUUAAUAAUUUAAUCUGCCACAGUAUAUUCUUUAUUUUUUGUGCUGAAAAUUAAACUACAAGUAUGUAUAAAUGAUAAA